CCGGGGAGGGAAAGAUAGAGAGACAGACGAUGCUGAAGAACGUCGACGACAGCAAAUCAACGGCGAGGCCGAGAUCAAAUAGAAUGCCGUUACGGAGCAUUCCGAACUCCAACAAUGGCGUUAGACAUUUGUCCAGGUCCACCAAAACCAAGAAGAAGCUGCCGGAAAAGAAAGAACCAGAAGAAGCCGUCGUCGGCGAUAGCUCGCUUGACCGUCUCCUUCUUGUUCACUCCGACCUCUCCUCUCUCGUUCACCAGAUAGAUGAACUUGUUGUGCAAGCACUAACCAGCAAGAAGGAAGUAAAGGAAAUCAAAUCUUUUGCAGAUUUCCUGUCUGAAAUGCAAGUGUCUUUGAAGCCAUGGGUUUCUAGAUUUCAGAAAGCUCUUUCUGAUACAUCCACAAGGCCUGAAAAUACAGUGGAACAGCCACUGGAAAGUAAGGUAGUCCUAGUCCCUGCUGUUAAAGAGGAUAUGAGAAAUGUUGUUGACAGCCCUGAACAGUGUAAAUGGGAUUCUCUGGUUUGUUCAUCACCCCUGGUGUCUUGGCCUGCAGACUGCACUUCUGAAUGUGACAGGCAACUUUUUCUCCUCACUCCUUUGCCCCAAUCUAAGGGUCUUUUAUCCAAGUUCAGGGAGUCUUCUAAAUCAAUAGUUGAGAAGAUUAAACCUGACCAAAUUCCUCAGCUGCCAUUGGCUUUUGAUGCAAUGCUAGAUAUGGGUCACAAUCUGCUUGAUAGUGCAAAACCAGAGACUACAUCUAAAAGAACUGGUCAGCCUUUAUAUCACCUUGAUAUUACAGGAAAUGUGAAUGACCAGAAGCUUGGGAGUAUUGCAGUAACAGCCGUUCCAAAGGAAGUUUCUGAUAUUGCCAUGAAGAAGCCGGAGGGCAGUCUAGAUAGCAAGCUUGUUUCCCCUGAGAAAGUUUUGAGUAGACAGAACUCCAUACUCAUGACCCCGUGCUUGAAAGUUUCGCCACCCAAGUCAUGUGUUGUGCUUGAACCUGUGUCAGAAUAUCACUAUAAGGGCAAUCUUAAGCUUCAUAAGUUAACUCCAUAUCCUAGUGCACUGCAGUUUUCAAGUGAAUCUCAGGAUUCAGAAUCAUCCACCAUUCAAUCUUCAGAAAAGCUUAAUGUGAAGUAUCCUGAACUCUUUGGGAUUAAACUAGGCAAUCAGUUGGUUAACAGAUGGAAGGUGGCAGACGAAUCACCAAAAUGGUCACCCCCCAAAACAUGCGUUCUAUUGGAGCCGCCUGAAGAUGCAGCUGGAGAGUGCUUGAUUCCUGAAACAGCUCCAAAUCCUAAUCAGAAAAACUUCUUACCAAAGAGAAUUAGUACUCAAGAACUUGGUAGCAAAUGUGAACUCGUCGAAAGCACUCCCAUGAUGAAAGAACCUGAGAGCUGUAUCAAAAUCGGAAAACAUCCAGGUGAGAACACCUUGAAGAGAGAACUAUGGACCAAGUUUGAAGCAGCAUCCACACAUGCAAUAUGCUUCAAUCCACCCACUACACAGAAGAUGGCUCUGCAGAAAGGGUUUCUUGACAGAUUGGAUGAGGUUUCUUCUGAUGAAUGAAGUUCUGCAAUAGUGUGGAAGAGAUGAUCAAAUGCCUUCUGUGCUGCCAUGACUCAAACCACAAUAUGGUGCUAAUUUUGUAUUCUAUGCUACUCAUGAAAUCCAUUUUUUGAAAAUUUGCAAGAACAAGUUUCUUCUUACAAUAAUGAAAUAUGUGAAGCCUACUUUUUAAGCU